AUGCUUAACGAAGAUGAGCUGUACCUGUCCGCUGAGGAAGCCGCCAACUUGUUGGGCAUCAAUGUGGCGACCCUAUAUGCCUACGUAGGCCGCAAAAACAUUCGCUCGAUCAAAAUUGAGGGGUCCCGUAAGCGACGCUAUUGGGCGGCGGACAUUCAACGCCUUACCAAGGAUGGGAAAGCUCCCGAGCGUACGCCAAGCAAGCGCGGCAAUGCCGACUCCUACAGCUCCCUGACCCUGUUAACGGAGAGCGGCCUGUACUACCGCGGUCGGGAUGUCACUGAGCUGGUAGAGGAAGCCACGGUGGAGGAAGUGGCGGAAAUGUUCUGGCAGGUGCCCGGCGCUUUUGGCACGGUUCUACCUCAUAUGCCAGAGGGCGCGGCGACUUUGCUGGAGUUGUUUAGCCACACCUCCGCGGUGGAAAAAGCCAUCGCCCUGUUUCCGCUGGUGGAGCGGGAAAAUCCAAAGGCCUUCGACCUGACUCCAGAGGGUUAUGCACGUACCGGCGCCGAUGUGGUCCGUUGGUUUGCCGCGCUGGUGGUGGGAGCAAACGUGCCGGAUAUCCGACCUCUGCAUGAAUACAUUGCAACUUCCUGCGGGAUGAACCAGCAUUUCGCCGACUUGAUCCGUCGCGUGCUAAUUCUGUGCAUCGACCAUGAACUUGUCCAUUCCACCUACAGCGUGCGCGCGGCGGCCAAUACCGGGGUGACUCCUUAUUAUGCAGCGAUUGUGGGCUUGGCGGCCGCUCGUGGACGACGCAUUGCCUAUGGCCGCAGUGAGGCGGUAAGCCGCUUGCUGGAUGAGGUAUGCAACGCCAAAGAUCCGGCCCAGCCAAUUCUUCAAUAUUACAGCCAGGGCGAUGAUAUUCCGGGGUUUUGUGCCUAUACGUAUAGCAUCGCCGACCCACGUGCGAUCAGCCUGAAAAACACCCUAGACAUUAUGUUUGCCGACGACCCCGAUUACCUUCGUUUGCUCAAGGCGAUGAAUGUGGCUGAAGAGUUAGUGCAGCGACCGGCGGAGUUUGUACUGUUGGUGAGUUUUGUUGGCCGUAAGUUAAACCUCGUCGGCCAAGAGUUAGCGCUGUUGGGGGUAGCACGGCUGAUUGGCUGGAUUGCUCAUGCCAGCGAGCAAUACAACCAGCAAUUGAUGGUUCGCCAUCGCGCCCGCUAUACCGGUGCCCUCCCCGGA